GGACGUUAUUUCAAACCGCCGAUUUAUAACAAUCGGCUACCUAAAGCUGACUUUAUGGUCUCAAUGUCUAUGACUUCCAGCUCACAGGUUAUAAAUGGGCAUGGUUCCCUUGAGCGCCCUGCCAAAAGGACCAAAAUCCAUGUCAAUGACAGCGAUGGACCGAAGAGCUCUUAUCCUGCCACUGGAAGAAUAUUUGCGCCAUUUCGAACAAUAGGUCUAGUAUCUCCUACAUCGGUCCCGUUCACCUCCAUUCCGCUCGGGAAAACGACGUUUCAAAUCACCACUUCAACCGGAAACAGUCUCCAGACCUACGACUUGAGGAAAGGGCUCGCACUCCAAUUCAUUACUCGACCUCGGACGCCUCAGCAUAUCACAACUUCGUUGGCAUGGAAGGAUCGAAUAUUCGCUGCAUGGGGAGGAGACUCACCUGGGACCAGUCGAGGAAUCUGGGUCUUCAAACGAGGGAAAAGAAUACAAGAAGUGGAUAUCCCUGUCAAGUUCCAGGAAAACAUCCGUCAGCUAUGCAUAUUCGGUGACUGGAUGGUUGGAUGCUGUGACACCACUAUCGAAAUCUGGACAAUUGCAACUCUGGAACAUUAUACCUCCCUGACGUCCCCAUAUUCGGUUCAGGGUGGAGUAAGCUAUACUGGCGGUAUCUGCAAUAUGCCCACGUAUGUGAACAAGAUUUUUGCCGGGAAAACGGAUGGGAGUGUGGAAAUAUGGAAUGUCAAAAGCGGAAAAUUGCUGUACACCAUACUGCCGGAAACCUCUGAACUCGGAGCGGUUACCAUGAUGGAGCCAACACCAACUCUGGGACUGAUUGCCAUUGGAUAUCAAUCAGGGGCUAUCGCCAUCCACGAUAUCCACACCGACACUGGCCUAAUGCUUUUAAGCACGGGUUCAAACACGGCACCGAUUACGACCAUUUCCUUCCGAAGUGAUGGGAUCGGAGCUGGAGAUGAUGGGACGCUACCCGGAGUGAUGGCAACGGCAUCUAGUCAAAGCGGUGAUGUCACACUCUGGGACCUGAACCAGGGUGGUCGGAGGAAGGGCGUUCUACGAGCGGCACAUGGUUCACCAGAUGCAGGGCGUGGCGUUCCUGGAGGCAUCAGCAAACUCGAGUUUCUACAAGGUCAAGCAGUUAUGGUGACAACCGGCCUGGACAAUUCUCUCAAAACUUGGAUCUUCGAUGAAACGCCGUUCUCACCGAUUCCUCGACCUCUCCAUGCACGAAGCGGACACGCAGGUCCAGUCGCAUGUCUCAACUUCCUUCCAACCCCAGCCGAUGGCGCCGAUGUUGAAGGAAAGUGGUUGAUGAGUGCUGGAAAAGAUCGUAGUUUGUGGGGAUGGAGUCUCCGAAAAGAUUCCCAGAGUGUGGAGCUAAGCCAAGGCAGCAUCAUCAAGAAGGCAAAAAAGCUUGGUGUCUCGGGAGGCCCAUCCAACUCAAAUUUACGCUUCGAAGAUCUCAAGGCUCCACCGAUCAGCUGUAUGGCUUGUUCGCUGAACAGAGACGGAGGCAUUGGUGCGAUGCCUGGAACGAAGAAUAUAUGGAACCUUCCAGGACAAUCGAAAGGCAAGUCCAGCACAGCCGAUAGCAGUUCGACGGGCUGGGAAAGUAUUGUCACUGGACAUGAGGGUGACCGAUUCGCAAGGACAUGGUUUUGGGGGAGAAAGCGAGCCGGCCGAUGGAAGUUUGAGACUGGUGACAAGUCUCCGGUUACUGCCGUGACGGUCUCGCCAUGUGGCACUUUUGCCUUGAUUGGUUCUUCCAGUGGAGGCAUUGACAUGUUCAACCUCCAAUCCGGCAGCCAUAGAAGACGGUUUCCACCAAAAUUGACAUCCACUCAAGCACAAAGGCUUGCUGCUCAAAGAUCGUCGAACAUAGCGAACGGUCGAAACCAGUAUGAAAGAGGAGAAGGAAAGCAUACCCAGGCGGUAUCGGGAAUCAUUGUUGAUCCUUUGAACCAAAAGGUCAUCAGCUGCGGCUUGGAUGGGAAGUUGAAAUUCUGGGAAUUCAGUACCGGCAUUCUCCUUCAUCAGAUGGAAUGGGCAUCUUCGAUUCUGGCGAUACGACACCAACCUGCCACCGACCUGAUUGCCGUGAGCUGCAAUGAGGCAUGCAUCAGAAUCGUUGAUUUUGAGACGAAGAAGACGAUCCGAGAACUCCGGACUGCUGGGAAUACAGUCCAAGAUUUUUGUUUCUCCAACGAUGCUCGCUGGCUGGUUGCUGCAUGCUCGGAUUCAACGAUUCGAAUCUGGGAUCUACCAACGGGUCAUCUCAUUGAUGCUCUUAGAACACCCAGUCUGUGUCUUGCUCUUGCGUUCUCACCUACUGGGGAGUAUCUCGCAACCGCGUUUGCAGACACUGUUGGGGUUGACGUUUGGACGAAUCGGACAUUGUUCACUCAAGUUCCAACACACCAGAUUUCCGAGGAUGAGAUCGCACGCAUAGACGUGCCCAGUAGGUCUGGAGGUGUGGGUCUUCUUGAGUCUGCCUAUCAACCACAGGAAUCUGGCGAGGUGCCGUCCGGCGCUCAAGUCAACCUGGAGCAACUCAGUUCCGACUUGAUGACAUUGUCAUUAGUGCCGAAACCCCGAUGGCAGACAUUGCUCAAUCUUGAUGUCAUUCGAGAACGCAAUCGACCGAAGGAAGCACCAAAGCGUCCAGAGAAGGCUCCAUUCUUCCUGCCUUCAAUCACAGACACGAAAGCAGAUGCCAUGGCCAUUGAACCUGUCCGUGAUUCUCGUAUUGCUGGUGCGAACUUAUCGGUCAAAGUUCGAGGAGCGGAUCCGAUUGCGAACAUGCAUGGCGUGCUUCUUUCAGCGCAGACUCAACAAUUCGAAGAUGCGUACAUCGAUGUGGUCUCGUGUCUUUCACAACUACCACCAUCUGCAGCAGACGUGGCAAUUCGGUCACUUUCUCCGUCGCCUCCGUACUCGGAGCUGACCACAUUCGUGACUGUUCUUGAUUGGAGACUCAAGCAACGAAAAGAUUUUGAGCUGUGUCUUGUAUGGAUGCGAGUCUUCUUGCGGUGUCAUGGAGCGGUGAUUGCCGAAGAAGGUCCAGACACGGUACGCGAGACACUCAGGGAAUGGAUCGAUACAUUGGAAAAGGAGGACAAUCGUGUCAGGGAUUUGGUGUCAUUUUGCAACGGGAUCGGCAAUUGGGUACGGGGUCCGUAGUGGAUCUCACACUUGUAGCAUCAACGGAUUAAUACUGCUUGUUCAUAGGAGCAGUCUCUUGCGAGCCCGUCGGCUGAUAAUACUAGUACAGAUCCAGCCAACCAUACGUGAGUACAAUGUAGUG